GGUCAGAAGGAAUUCUGAUCUUUUGAAAGACGGUCACACUGCUCAGUUAUUUCAAUUGUUUGUCCCGUUUGCUCGCGCACUUGUUCUCAGCGUAAGUCCGAAAAGCGUUAAAUUCCGAGAUAUUAAAUCGCCGUGGCUGAGUAUUAUAUCAGGUUUUGUUCGCUGCUCGACGGGGCAGCUGCAUUCUUUUUCGCUCCCACCCUGCCCCUGGAAACCCCUGCACCUGUUCGUUCUCGUGGUGCGAGCGAGAGGCCAAAAGGCAGAGGUAGAGCGGCACUUGCCACGCUUGACUUGCAGCAGGUCUGCAGGCGACGCGGAAAUGCCACUAGGAGGCCCAGCUACAGCCGCCGAUAGCCACCAUUUCCAGUCCCGAUAAGGCCACGAUAGACUGAAGUAGACAGCUAGCUGGAAAGACAGAUAGCGACGGGGAGAGCGGAUUUAUUUAUUAUUCAAAUUCUGAAUGGAAUGACGAUGUGAUGGGCUCGUGCUCGUGUACGCGGCGACACUUUUUGCUGUCAAUAUGCUUCCUGCAAGUGAUAACGAUUAUCGAGCGCCAGGUAUUCGACUUCCUCGGAUAUAUGUGGGCGCCCAUCUUAGUGAACUUUUUCCACAUUCUGUUCAUCAUAUUCGGGUUUUACGGCGCCUACCACUUUCGCGUUAAAUACAUCAUCACCUAUCUAAUAUGGAACUUCCUGUGGAUCGGGUGGAACACCUUCCUCAUUUGCUUCUACCUAAAUGUGGGGCAGUUGAACAGGGAAAGUGACCUGCUCAGCCUGGGCACUGGUAGCGCCUCCUGGUUCGAGGCGAAUGGGUACGGCUGCAAGGCCACCUAUAGCACAGCCGCGGACGAUUCGUUGCGGCCGGAGCGCGUGGAAGGCUGCCUGCUAGACUACCCGCUGGUGGAGAUCACCCACUCGGGGGUGCAGUGCGCUCUGGCGCUGCUCGGCAUACUCGGUGCGAUUCUGAUUAGUUGCAUAUUUCUUGACGAGGACGACAGAUUCGAUUUCAUGAACGGCGACGCGAAGAGUCCACAGCAUACCGUGGUGCACCCAAUGUACGUGAGCUAUACAAGUAUACCCACAACAUCCGCAAGCGCCACCAUGCAAUCAAAUAAGCAUCUGCAACUGCAGCACCAGCAGCCGCAGCAGAACUCACUGAAACUCUAUCAUCAUCAGCAACAGCAGCAACCCAAACUACACCACUUCAAUACGAACUACCAGUUGAGCGGCAGCAACAAUAAUACACUGAACAAUAAUCUUCACCAGCGUGCUCAUGCGCUGCUGCCGCCAAACACAACAAAUAACCGCAGCGCAUCAUUCCAACCCCAAAGUCACCCUUCAAACAACCAUGUAACCCAGCGCACAGGCGGAGAGGGGAGCAACUGCAGUAGCCUACGCCGCCAUCGACAACACCACUCCAAGGCACCCGUCAGCCCCAGUCCCAUGUCCCCCCAGACCACGCCGUCGCUUUCGUACGCCUCCCUGCAAAACUCGAGUCCCUACCUAGCCGGGAACUCCCUAAGCAACAGCAACUACAGCAUAUUCCAGAGCCCCGACUCGCUCCAGGGCAGUUCUCAUUUCGCCCGCAUUCAUCACAAACCCAAGCCGCCCAAAUCUGAUUACCCUGUUUCUGGAGAAUUCAAUCCGGGCAUGGGUAUUUCCUCGCCUGUCCGUCCGCUCGAUCGCCUGUCGCGCAGUCUCGAGGACGACGAAGACAACUUUUCGCUGCAGAAGCUGGCUCCCGGAGAACACGGUGUCACCUACGUCCCUUUUCAAAGUCCCACUCCAAACAGCCUUUUUCUGGGCGAGAACAACAACGCCCAGCCCCACCUCGUCUUCCACUCCAACUCUCGCCCUAGUCCCAACAACAAUGCCUUUCCCUACGACCAGAACGGUCUGCCCUCCUCCCUCCGUCUGGGGUCAAACUCUAAUGCCCGACGACCGACUCACAUUCCUCUGCCCACGGUUCCCAUGCACAACUGCCAGGAGGUGCAAAAUGAUGAGGACGCCGAUGGCGAGUCCGAGCCAGAUCACGAUCAGAUGCUGACGCCCCCGCCCCCGCCUCCGCCGGUAGUGCGGCCUCACAUCCAUCAACGCUUGGGUCAAGCGCCGUACCUCGAUCUCUCUCCGGAAGUGGCAGAGCGCUAUGCAAUUCCCAGCAAGGUUGGACCCGGACUUCCCAUUCAAGUGCCCCUUCCCGUCCCCCAUGGGUCGCCCAUGGUACGUCGCAGUAAUCGUCGACCAAGGCCACCAAAUCCAGUAAACUUUUGCGACCAGAUCCGCGCUACACCUCCUGGUUACGUGGUACGCGCUCAGAGCGACGAUCGCCUAAUGGAACAGGUCGAGGCAGAGGCGGCCCCGCACGUGAAUCGUCGGAGCGCUCGCGGUACCGGUCAAAAGUCCCGUCCUCGUUCGUUCUGCAACUCGAUAGUGGGCGUGCAGGGUUAGGCUUAAGUACGUGCCGCUGCACUUGCUCCUCUCUCUUACUCACGCUUUCUGCCUAGGCAGGAUGGCUGUUACUAACUCUACCAGGAUCACUCGAUCCCUAAACACAUAAAACCCUUCAUAUACAUAGGUGUUGCCGUUUCUUUGUUGUGCCUAACCAGCCGGCUAACCUGGCUAAGAACAGGUCCUAAUCAUAGCUUCCCAUGCAGGCGUUUAUCGAUUCAAGUGAUGCCUUGCUGAGCUGACUUUGUGUAAAUCUAAUUAAUAAUUCACAUACGUGCGAACAGUAGAGACUUUCCUCGAAUUGUGAUAGAAGGCGUGGAAAGUCGUGACAGAAUGCAAGCCUAACAAUUUUAUGUUUAUCUGUGAUAACUGAAAACAAACAUGAACGACAAACGAUUAUUUAAAAAACGAAAAUGUCACAAAAUCAUUAUCAAGAAAAGGAUAUGACAAUUUGUUGAGAAUACGAGCAAGAUAAAUGAAAUUUUGAGCCAAUUGCAACCAGAUGCCUUGGAUGAAUGACGGAAUAGAGAUUAGAAUAUACAACAUAUAUAUACCGAUGUUAUGUGCGGGAGAGCGCAGCCUCCCCAAGAGUUGCCUUUUGUUGUUUAACUAGUAAUACAUAUGAUUGUAUUUGCCCUUGAUUACGAAAUGUACUACGAUGCAAACUUUAGUUGUCGAACACAAACAAGAAGUUGCCUAUUCCGUUAAGUGUGAGAUUCGUUAUACAAGCGCAAGCAAACGUAAAAACGUUUAGAAUUAUGUAUAGAAAUGUUAAGUGUAGUAUUAAGCUUGAGGCCACAAAAUGCAUAAGCAGAGCAGAUCUAAAUCCAUUUAGCGUAGACACUACUGUUUUAGAUAGAUCCCCCCUCUUUAGCCAUGCGAAUUGCGCUGACUGGUGCCAAUUCUCGAUGAGAUUGAAAACGUUUCCAAUAAAAUGUUCAUUUACACCAUA